AAUCGUCGAUGCAGUCCACAGACUCAAAUCAGUCCACACGCUGCAGUGGGCUUGCACGAGUGGGGAGUGUCCCGCUGCUCUUGGAGUAAGGCGCUCAGGCAGGGAGCUCACUGGCCUCUGCUGCGCUGAUCUUGUGUCGUCGGUUUCAGAGCAAGUGUGUGCACGAUUUCUGUUGUCAGCUCGCAGAUGGGCUGUGAAUCUGAUUUAUUGGUUGUAUUGCUGUACUUGCGUUACAGGCUAUUGUAGUGUGUGUGUGUGUUUGGGCUCCCUGUGUACGUGUGUGUUCCCUGCGUUACAUUCCGUUUGAAUCGGCGGUAGCAGGUCUUACCCCGAAUAUGUCCCUGAAUUAUCACAGUAUUUUCUCUCGCUUUUUUCUGGUAAUGGGAUUGGGGGGCACACAACGUGUAGCCUAGGGGCCUCUGAUCACCUUAAUCCGCCACUGGCUGUACGCGUUUUUUCUUAUUCGAUAAAUAUACAUUUUAGAUGCUUUUGAGCAACGGAAAAAAUUCCGAGCCCCGAGAAGAAUGGUUGAAUGAAACGCAUGCGUACUUCAGAGCCGCACAGUUUUCCGAGGGGUACUAAAUGGGAUGCAACACCAGGAUCAGGUUUCGUCCGUCCUCCUCGACACUUGCUGAGCCGCUGGGAGAGACACUGACGUGGCAGAGAUCCCGGACGCAUCCUGCAGCUCGUCUGUGUGCGUCAUCGAGGCACCCCGACUGGGACUCGGGGUUCAGCAGACGGUCCUCCCGCUAAUCCGUGCCUGUGUCCGGCGAGCUCGUCUCCCGGCCCUGUCCGCACAGCCUCCGGGCGAAGAUGUGGGUGCUGCUCUUUGUCGGGCUCGUCCAGUGCCUUUCGGCUUACGACGUGGAUCUGAAGAAAUUGGAGGGGCUUGCAAAGGCAAAGGUGGAGACCUGUGGGGGAUGACAGCUGAACAGGCUCAGGGAGGUGAAGGCCUUUGUGACACAGGAUAUCCCUCUUUACCACAACCUGGUGAUGAAACACAUUCCCGGAGCCGAUCCCGAGCUCGUCCUUCUGAACCACUACUAUGAAGAACUGGACCGGAUUCCCCUGACUGACAUGAGCCGCGCGGAGAUCAACGCCCUGCUGGGCUCGCUGGGCUUCUACAAGAAGUCCCAGCCGGAAGAGCCGGUCCCGGAGGAGCUCCGCUUCGCCCCCGCCAAGGACAGCCCCUGGAGCCGGAGCCCUGAGGCCCCCGCCAGCACCGGAGCCCCCCCGCCGGCGGAGGAGCCCCAGGACACCCCGGGCCCCCCGCAGCCCGAGCGGGGCCCCGAAGAGCACCACUCGGACCUGUAGGUCCAAACCCCUGCCAGCGCAGCGCGGAACCGUGCCCUGGGUCGACUGCGCCCCGGCGGUCGUUGACCGGUCGGUAGGAAACUAAAUAGUUGAGAUUUUAUCUUCAUUUGCUCUUAUGAACAGGCUCCAAAAUGUUGUAUUUGGGCAUAAUGUUGAUCCGUUGACCCAAACUGUCAUUUUUGGUGUAUUAUCUCAGUGAAUAUGUAUUCAGGAAGUGGACCUGUAGGGACUGUAGUGCAGACAGGGGGAGAUGUGGUCUGAUUGAUGCACUGCCACAGUAAGCAUGUAGUGUUGGCUCAAGUGUUCAUACUUCCCACUCACUGCCAUUUAACUGUCAUGGGGAACAACUUUUUCAUAUGCUGAAGCAGUUCUUUAGAUGUUGCAAUAAUCACAUGCAAGUUUAAUUAAAGAGUUCAAGUAGCCAAAAAAACAGAGCUGUAGCUGCUUCUAGAGCAGCUGUCAGACAUGAAUUUAGGGGAUUCAGGUCUCAUGGAGAGUCUUUAUAGAUCCAAAUGACAAAACAAAGAUGCUCAUCAAAGGCCAAAAGCACCACUGCAGCAGCUGAUCGAAUCACUACUGGGCAAAAUCCAAUAAGAGGGACCAAUAAAAUGGCACAGAUAGAGCUGGUUUACAGUCCUCAUUACACAUGAACCACAAAAAAGUCCCAGCUGUCUUAAUGUGCAAUAAAGAGUGCUAGUCAGAUCAUUCCACCUUGAGUGGAUUUUGAGCAGUUGUCUGACAAAGAAUGAAAAGAUUGUUGCAAACUGUUUUAGUUCGGAACAUAUGUAUAGACUGACUCCCUGGCAAUCGCUCCUGGGCUCUUAACCUCUUGCCUACAGCUGGACAGGAUGACGCCCUUUGCCGAAAGUCACUGAUAGGCUCAGGGCCGAUGUGUGUUCAGGGCAGCAGGGCCUGGAGCACACAGGAGAGAUACUGCAGAAGGAUUCUGAAGUCAAUAAAGCCUCACAACUGCUCAACUA